CUCCUCCUCCUCCUCCUCCUGCGACGUCUCGAGGCCACAGAGGCCCUUGUCUGCCUCUGCGUCUCGCUCCUUAGGAAGGCUACCACAGCUUGCGUCCAGGCACAUAUUUUAAAACAAAAGGAGCCACCGCCAUUGUUUUCCAGUUUUUUGACGCGACGAAGCGCUUCGACUGCGUGUUCUGGCUGGGUGACCUGAACCCAGUCCCCUGAACCAGCUGGGUGACCUUGUCGCCAACCGCGACCACGUCCUCGAGAAGCUGAGUGUCCCGGCCUCAUCAGACCCUGAUCAGGAAUAUGUAGUCCCUGGAUCUGCAUCGUUGAUGGCUACAUCAGACCCUGAUCAGGAAUAUGUAGUCCCUGGAUCUGCAUCGUUGAUGGCUAUUGUGAACGCCCUUGCUCUGCUGCAACAUUCUAAAGCGAUGUCACGACUGGAAGCGAUGCAGUUGAUGCUGGCGCUGCUCACAUCCGAUGGCAAGUCUUCUCAGUCCUUCAUUAUUCAUACACUCCUGUGUAGCUGGAGGUGGUGGUGGUGCCGGGUGGUGGUCGUGGGCCGUGAGCCACUACCUGGAGGGGGUGGAGUGCAGCAGCGUCGUGACACAGCGAGCCAUCAGACGCUGUGUACACGACAUCUACCAGCACCUCGUCAGGUCCCUGCUGCAGCAACAACAUCAAAAAGAACUUGGCGAGCGGCUGUCCCUGUUGACUGUGUUCGCACUGAGCGUGCGCUUCGAGUGGCCAGACCUAAGUCUGGUGGUCUCGAGUGGUCUGCUCGAGGUCUUGGCGAGACUUGCAGGCAGCCCCUGGCAGUGGUCUGCUCGAGACCAUGGCGAGACUUGCAGCCCCUGGCAGUGGUCUGCUCGAGACCAUGGCGAGACUUGCAGCCCCAGGAGACCACCUGCCCUCUGUUGCAGACCUGCUAGAUGCCU